UGGUUGAAUGUUUGCACGUGCCAGCCACAAAAAUCGGAGCUUUAUGUCCCUCGCAGGUUUCCGUAGCUCAUGACGCGGGCGCGGACCAACGGUUUGUUCCUGGUGGGAAACUUGUACCUCCCCGCGGGAACCGUGUCGUGUGUCUUGACAACAAGCAAUGGCUCUGAACUAUCAGACAUCGACUCUGUCGCUAACUUUGCCGAUUUCCUGCCAAAUAUGCCUCGGAAAGGUCAGGCAGCCGGUCAUUUGUGCCAACUACCACGUGUUCUGUUCGUCCUGCAUGGAAGUGUGGUUAAAGAAAGCCGGCCAGUGUCCCACCUGCAGAGUCCCCAUCACAGCAGAGAGUCCAUGCAGAGAGAUCAUCGGAGGAACAAAUGAAGGCGAUCACAAUGACAACCCAUCCAUGAGAAAAUGUCUCCGUAAAACCAGAGGAGAGCUGCUUUUACGGGAGUAUGAGGAAGAGAUUGAAGGGCUUAUGAGAGAAAACGAGGAGCUGAAAAUCAAAACCCAAAGUCUGGAAACUCAGCUGAAGACGGCAUUGCAUCCUACCAGCAUAAAUACAGUGCAGCCAGAUGAAAAGAGAGUCCCUCAUGUUGUUGUAGAGGAGUGGAAGAACAAGCUGCAAGCUGCCACAGAUGUUUGUGAUCAAAUAAAGCAAGACAUGGAUAAGCUGAAAGAGGCAAAUAAGAUCUUGCGAUCUCAAAAUGUAGACCUUGUUCAAGAGAACAUGCGACUAAAAGCAGAGGUGGCCAGCAGAUCUCCUCAGAAGUUUGGCCGAUACACGGUUGCCGCCCUAGAAGCCAAGUGUCAGCUGUAUGAGCGUGACGUCGACCACUUAAAGCGGGCUCUGGAGCGCAGUGACCAGUACAUUGACGAGCUAGAGUCCCGACUCAGGAAGUGUGAAAACAGGAACCCUGAAGGACACGAGGCGUGUGGGACGGCCGCAGACGCUCUCACACAGCAACAGAGAUUAAACAUGAUGAUGAGAAGCUUAAGUGAUGAAGAAAGAAGGUUGAUCUGCAGCAAUCCAGAGGCAGAGUCUCAAACGUUUGCCAAAAACUCCAGUGUUUUGUUCAUGUCGUCAGGAACUCCCAAAGAGUCGAAGAAGAGCCUGACUGGAGAGCGGAAGAAGGAGAACCCUGAAAGCAUCUCCUCUGACUUCUCCCCUGCUACUCCUUCAUCUGCAUUCCAGUCUCUGACCUUGAGAAGCCCUGGCAUCCGUGAGAAGAAAGUCACAUUUAAACCUGUAUCUUAUCAAAAAAGACUUGAUUUUGAAGAAUUGUCUGGUUCUGGGAAGAUGAGCUCUGCCUUAGAGAGUAAAUUUGCCAGCCUUGAGAAGUUUCCAAAAGGAUCGAGCUCAAAUAUAACAGGGUCUCCAAAGUCGGUCUUCUGGGGUUGUUGGGAAAGACCUCAGGCCAACAAUCCAUCGUGUUCAGAUCCGAGUAAACAAAAUCCAGUCAAAGAAUCCCCAUCUGCAGGUCCAGCAGGUGAUGAGUCUGAUAGUUUUCAGAUGGCAUGUGAGGCUUCUAUGGAUGCAGCUUACCUGGACAAGAUCUCAGAGUUAGACUCCAUGAUGCUUGAUGGAGAGAGUUCCAGCAGCCGUGGAUCGCACCUCUCCUUAGGUUCCCCACCUCCUGCAGACUUAGACAGAACUCUUGUUGCAGAGUCACAAACCUGCACCGAUGUGCCAAGUUCUGGUGGCACAUGUCCAGCUGGAGAGCACAAGAACCUGGAUUCACGUGAUGUUAAAGACGACACCAAAACCAUCAAAGAGGCUUCUACAAGCUCUGUAGAGGAUGCUUUUGAUUCUCAGACCUCGAGUAGAAACGGCGCCAGGAAUGUUUCCAUUAGUUCCGAGCGAGGGUGGCCCUCUCAGAACGAAGAACUCUCUUUUGACUUGUUGUUUGACGCUACUGAUGACAUCAAGGCCGGCCCGUCUGGCUCCUUCAGCCCCGUAAGCCAACACCAAGAUCUUGAUCUUGCAUAUAAUCCGCCUUCGUCCACCGGGGAGAAGCCUGUGAGUUCAAGAGACAAACACGCACUGAAUGGCAGUCAACCAAUAAAGAGAAAGUCUCACAGUCCCUUUAAUACAAACAGUCCUACCAAACUUUCAAAGCUGAUGUGACGGAAUAGUUAACUCAUGCUUGUCAGGUUUCACUGGAAAAUUGUUAGAAACUUCAUUGGUUCAGAACAUUCUUGCAAUCGUGAUGCUAGGAACUUCCCGUUUGUCUUGUAUUUUCUUUUGUCUGUUUAGUUACUUAUUUUCUUGUUCAAAACUGUCAAAAAAAUCUUGUUUUUUGCUGGUUUACUCAUAAGUGAGUAGAAAUGAAGAAACCUUGAAGGUCAGCCUCAACAAUAUCUGGUACUUACACACAAAUCUUCUGUUUCUGUCGUUUCUGGCUCUUUGUCAGUUAUGUGUAUGCAGAUUGUUUGGACACAAAUGUGUCCAUUGUUAGUUACUGACAUGAAAAAUGAUGUUUUGUGUGUUAGGAAAUAAAGAAAUGCAGUAGAAAGUAUGAUCAAAAAUGAUUGUGAUUUCUUAAAUUAGUUGAAAUGGAUGACAUUUUCUCAAACCACUCCAGCAGAUGGUCUCCAAUGUUGUCACGAUUACUGACUGAGU